CGAAAUAACUUUAGAACCUCAUCGUCUCAUGUUCCUUUCAAAGUUAUUGAGUGGUAGGAAUAACUUGAACAAACCUAAGCAGGAACUGCUAACGGACGCAUGGACAUCUGUACAGCGCUACUACGAAACGGCAUCUGAUCCUCUGAAAGAUGCCAUUGAACUCACCCCGAUCCCGACCUGUCUUCAGAACAUUGUAAAGCUAAUCCAGUCUGAGGAAUUCGAUUACCAACGCGCCAACGAUAAUCUCGCUACAGGUCCGUGUUUGGAAUAUCUUCUCCAGACCCGCGUGCUGGAAGAACUUGUGGAAUUCGCAAAAGUAGAUACCCCCUAUGGUAUGCGUGUACACUGUCUACGAUUUUUCACAAGUUUGAUUACGAACGUGCAUGCCCAGAUACUCCCAGAACGGGCUGUGCAUGUCCCACUACAAAAAAUCAUCCAAUCAUGUCACCGAUUGAUAUCACAUCACCAUGAACAGCUUGCUCAAGGACUUGAAUGCUCAGAAGAGAGACAUAGUGCUAUUGCAGAGUUAUCUCUCGAACUCGUCCGCUUGAUUCACGCUGUUUUCUCUCAUUUCAAAGGAUCCAAUGCCGCUUUGAUGGAUCUAUUCUUUGAACGAGGCUGGUGUAGAGGACUUGGAGAAAAGGUUUGGCGUAAUACUGGGAAGGACGCCAAGUCAAGACAUCGAAGGAGAGAGAGCGUGGAUGAUAAGAUUGCGUGGAAUGUCUUUCUGAUGCCCAGAUUUGACAUGUUCACCUACUUGCUCGAUUACAUGAAUAUCCCGGGAGAAACUAGCGAGAUUGCUCGCGAAGCUAUGUUGUUUGCCUUACGACUUUUGAACGGCGAUCCCGAAUAUGUUUGCUAUGUUGUUGAAUAUUCUGGCCUUUGUGAAGUCAUGGCUGAACGUCUUGCCUUAUUGUUCGUUCACUUGCCAAAGACCAUUGGCUCCUUUACAGUAUCUUCCACAUCUCGUCCAGUUCCCGUUCGACCACCUUUACGGAGGGUCCAUUUUUCAGUGCCGGCUGUUGUCGCGACCAACAAUUUAGCCGUCGCAGCUAGUGCACAUCAUAGCUUUAUCAAAAAGCGAAGAAAGAGAAGUCCAUUUGAUGCAGAUUUUGUUCGAUCCUUGGAAAUGAUGGCAGACGGAGAGCGUAUCGUUGAUGAAUUCUACAGUUUCUGGGAGUUACUGAACGAUAUGGCUCGUGUGGGUGAAAAGCGAUUGACAACUGCACUCACCGCCCAGCUGACUACCACCUUUUGGCAUCCAGUCAUCUGCACUGCCCUAAGUUCAACAUAUCCAGAGUUAGCCAUCGCGACAACAAAAUAUACCACGGAGAUGAUCAAAUCUCUUACCGACCAAAUGUUGUUACAAUCCUUCUUGGUUAUCCUGAUAGGCGAAAGAGGUGGUGUUGGCAAAGAUUUGGAGCCGGAGGUUCGACAGAUCCCUAUCUCUGAGCAAGACAAGGAAUCUGUCGAGGAGGACGCAACGGCCGAAGAGGCAAAGGAUCAGGACGAACAGGAUCAAUCACCUCAAGACGCCGCUGCAAAUCAAGAAGAGACUACUUUGAGAAGACUACUCAUUUCCCGCAUCAACCAAGAGCCUGAGUUGUUGGCAUUAUGUACUUUACGACUUUUCGACACCAUUUUAGAAACCUACAACCAAUUUGCGGUGUAUAAUCUAGUUCUCAGAAACUACUUGGAUAUUACGCCGGAUGGAAAAUAUGUUGACGAGGUAGAGGAGCAAAAUAAGUCAAGUUCUGAAACUUUAGAUGGGAAUGAAGACAAAUCUGUCACUAGCCAUGAUCGAGGCGAUGACGAAGUGUCCAAUGCUGACGAACUUGAUACUCAUGUUGCCCCGGCUGCAAACAAAGGGAAUCAAAAGGAUCCUAAGGUCCGUUGGUUAGUUGAAAGGAUAUUAUCAUUAUUGCCUUUAGAAGACGAAUUAGAGCGCAUGAAGACUCCGCCUGUGUCCAGUUUGAUUACAUCUGAUCACCAUGGACAUCAUAUACGACCUAGCCAAGACAGUAUGCACGAAAAGUCAUUGAGUGAGAACGAUACUCGUAGCUUCGACGGUAGCAUUCAUAGUAGCACAUCUGGAUCAGCCUCCCUUAUGGUUCCUGGUAACAGCUAUGAUGAUUACUUCGUUGAAGCACAAGAACGACUACAAUAUGGGCUUUUGGCUCGCAACUUUUGGGUUACGCCUUAUCCACCUAUCAAGACACAGCUUGAUCGCGAUCGGGAACUCGAAGACCUCCGCGGUCGUCCUAAGCGAAAAAGUAUGGCUUUCACUCAACAAGCCUUGAUAGAGGAAGAGGAGCCUUUAGAAGGCGAAAAGGACAGUAAUGAAAAUGUUGGAAAAGCAGAACCCAAGCUUGAAAAAGCGACUACCGCUGGUCACUACGAAGGGCUUUUCUUAUCCGUCUUAUUUGAUGAAUUUGCCAAGAUACUCGAAGCUAGUCUGGAGCGUAACUUGAUCAUUACUAGUAUACUAGCCAAAAUUGUCGGCAUCGUCGACCGAAGAGUGGAAGGUGUACUUUGCGAUUUAAGAGCCAUUCGACAAGGCGAAGACGGUACAUUCUAUGGUGGUGUUUGGACCCUGGCCAGCGGAAGAGGAAACCGUCGCAGCUUGUAUGCACUGCUUGAACAGAUUACAUUCGAAGCCUUAAGACGAGCACAAGUGGUACCUAACUUCGAAACUAGAAUAUCCAUUGCCAAGAGACGAGGUUUGACCACAGCUCAAAUACCCUCAGCACCGCCUAAAAUGAAGGAAUCGAAAUCGCUAUUGCGCAGUGGAUCAGGCAUACUUUCUGGUCGUAAAUCAGAUAUAACCAGACGACCAAGCUUGUCUCAGCUAGUCUUCAAGGGAUCAAUGAACCAGUCUGAUCCAGUUCCCCCUAUUCCCCAACCAAUGCCCAGUAUGUCUACAUCUGUAUUGUCGGAUAAAUCCAAGAUGUCUCAAAGCACCAUCCCACCUCCACUACCCAGCAACAACUCGACUUCGACUUUCUUCCAAAACCCACGAGCUAACUUCACACCCGUCACUAUGACCAACCCAUUUGCAAAGCUCUCCAACUUUGUACAUUCCUACAUCGUCUUGCAAGAAUUCUGCAAAGAAGUGGCUGCUGCAGCCCUUGUUUUACACUCCACUACCUUUGCCGAUCGAGAGCUUACACCUAUGCAACAGGUCGAAUGGCUAGAGGAAUCAGAAUAUGUUAGUAGUUACGACAAGAUGAAAAAUCGGAUGUCUGUCAUGUCUGUUCAAGAAUGGAGAGGUGUAGACGAUCCUGAUCAAGAAGAAAGAAGUUUGGAGGCUAUGGGUCUUGGUGGCCCUGUUGGUGGUCUGGUUUCUUCAAGCCAGUGGUAAUCUAUCAGCGUAGAUGCAUACUAGAACAAAACAUCAUGAAAUGAAGAAAGGCUAUUUUAAAAAACUCUGUGUACUUAUAGACUAUAUCGCAA